AUGGCUACUGGCCGUGGAGCUAUGGGGCGGAGGUUCAUCGCUGGAUUGGUCGCAGCUCUGCUUUUUGCAGCUGCCAGCUCUUGUGCUGGCUUCCUCUCGUCGGUUGCGCGCCCCCGGGCUCGCGCGGAUCCGAGAAGGCUGCGGCACUCAAAGGUUACCGUGUGGGCCGAAGCAGACACUGCAUCUCUUUGCCAGGUGGCCAGGGGGUUGAAGCCCGUCCGGGAGCCGCAGGUGCCAGUGUGGUUAUUCCGACAAGCAGGCAGACAUCUACCUGAAUACAACGAGUAUAAGGUCAAGCGGGGGAAGAACUUUCUGCAGCUCCUGGAGGAUCCCGCUGACGUUGCAGAGUGCACCAUGCAGCCUCUCAGGAGGUAUGGCGUGGAUGCUGCAAUCCUGUUCUCGGACAUCUUGGUCGUGGCACAAGCCCUGGGCAUCGACGUGGAAAUGCCGGGAGGCAAAGGCAUCCUCGUUCCUCGGCCCUUGGAGUCACCCGAGGAUCUAUCACGACUGGCACCCAAUCCAGCAACCGCCGAGUUCGUCGAAGAUCGCCUGGCCCAUGUGCUCGAAUCUGUCCGCCGCAUCGUCUCCACCAUGGACGAGGAAGGCUUUGGCGACGUGCCCCUUAUCGGCUUCUCUGCGGCUCCUUGGACGCUGUUCUUCUACAUGGUGGGGGGCUCCUCGAGGAAGAGGACCGAUGCUGGCGAGAUCUGGCUCAAGGAGCAUCCGGAGGCAUCGCGCGAGCUGCUGGAGCUGCUGAGCGAAGUGAUUAUCGAGUACCUGUCGGCCCAAGCUCGGGCGGGUUGCAAGGUACUCCAGGUUUUCGAAGCGAUGGGGGAGCACAUAAGUCCCGAGAAUUUCAACAGCUUUGCACUGCCGGCCAUGCGCCGCAUCGCAGACGGCCUCAAGGAGAGGCACCCAGAGGUGCCUUUGAUGGUCUUCCCUCGGGGUGCCUGCUACGCCCUGACGGACCUCCAGACGGCCGGCUACGACGUCGUGACCGUGGACACUGCCACGGAUCUCGCUGAGGCUUCCUCGCAGCUGAAGGCAGAGGCUGCGAAAACCGGAGGCCGUGUGGCAAACCUCCAGGGCAACUUCGACCCGAAGUGGCUCAGGCCUUCCGAGGGGAGCACGGAGGAAGAUGUGAAGCGUGAAGUCAAGGCCAUGCUCUCCAAGUUGGACCCAGAUGGGCCAAGGCUCAUCGCGAACCUUGGUGAAGGUCUCAAUGGCAAGGAGAGCCCGGAGCUGGUCCAGGCCUUCGUCACGGCAGUGCACGCCUG